AUGGCAUCCAAGCGAUCUCUAGUGUCCCGGAAAGGGCAUCUCCGUCUUUUGACGGGGUCACAGCCUCCCGUUCUUCCAUCAAUAUGCCCUUUCUGCUCCCUCUCACCAGCAUCGCAGGCCAGGGUCCGACCACGGCCAAGCCUCAAGUCUCGACGAUGGCAGUCGACCACGGCAACUUCAGUGCGCGGCCCAUCCAACGCUCGAAAUGAGCUCGAACAGGCCCUCUUGGAGCUCCAGAGGAAGAUGCCAGGGUUGGUAAAUCUCUCGAGGCUGCAAUUGGCACUCCAGGGAUUGCGACAGCCUCCAGGCCGGGAAGCGAUAAGAGUUGCGGUUUUAGGAGUAUCCAACGGCUCGGAUGGCAGAGAGGCCGCAAAAAAGGUUCUCAAAGCGCUCAUCGUGGAUCCACUAGUGGACGAGCAGGAAUGGGAGAAGAAGCUGGAUGCGCACGACACCAGCAGGCCGUUGAUUGUUCUAGUUGGACCCAGCCAAGGCAAAGUCACUCGCCUGGUGACGUCCAAGAACUCGCCGGAUGUGUUGCAGGUUUCUUCUGCAGAACUUAACGGGCUUAAUCUAGAGCUCCUUUUGAUGGGUGUGGAAGUGCCUGUCAAUGGAUCAGGCCUGGCUACUGUUCAAGCGCUUGAGGAGGCCGUCCUGACCCCAGCUGUUGAUGGAGUCUCUGCAGACCAGCACGGUGCCCCCUUACUCGCGCCUGUACACCAAGCCCUCUUGGUGGCCGAUGGACUGACUGGUGCUGUGCGAAUUGCCGGGCUGCCGAUACUCGACAGCAGCGAAGCCAUCACUGCCGCCGUUGACCUAAAGGGGUUUUCGAAGGAACAGCUAGCGGACAACUUCACAGUGAUCGAUACCUCGCUGGCAGAGGAGGCCGUCAAGUUGUUCCGCCAAGGCCCGCAGAACGCCAUGGAGUACGAGCAUCGUUGGUCGACAAGCAACUUGGGCAUGCUGGUCGCAUGGCUCAAAGCCGGCCUGAAAGCCGCUGACGACGAAGCAACCAAACCAGCGGUUCGAAAGCUCAUCGCCUCCGUCCUACAAGGCGCCCUUUCCGCCAUUGAGGCAGAGUCUGCGAGUCAUAGAAUGGCGCGCGAGCUUUCGACUUCCAUGUCCAGCCCUGAAUUGCGUGCUAUGAACGAGAUGCUUUCUGAAUGGGCCCAGAGCGCGCACGCAGAGCUGCAAGAGCAGCUGGACUUGGCUUUUUCGGGACGUCGCUGGAAGAAGUUGGGAUGGUGGAAGCUCUUCUGGCGCGUGGAUGACGUUGCCAUGUUGACAAACGAGAUAUUGAGUCAGCGUUUCUUGCCCACCUCAGAACAGGAGCUCGUCUACCUUGCCGGACGGAUUGCUCAACUUCAGGGCCAAGUUGGGCAUUAUACUCAGCCCAUAUCCUCUCGCGUCACAGGCUCUGACGGCCCAUCAGCUGGUGUCACCGAGAACGAACCGGUGAUUCCGACAUCGCCUCGAGCACGCCUUCCCAAGUGGCCAGGACACAUUGCGUUCACGCGGCGAUAUAUCCAGAACGAGACUGUUCCUGCGCUUCAGUCACUGGCCCAGCAGCUGGUCGUCCAGUCCCUAGCCACAUCAUCCGUCACCUCGUGUCUUGCAGGAUUACUCUACAUAUCGUCGUUCUCAUCGACAAUCUUCGAAGCUGGUGCUGUGGCGGCCCUUGGCAUUGUCUAUAGCCUCGGUCGAAUGCAGAAGAAAUGGGAGACUGCUCGCGACUUUUGGGAAGGCGAGGUUCGCGAGGAAGGGCGUAAGGCCAUUAGAGCGGCGGAAGAGAGCGCCGCUGAGGUUCUCGAUGGGUCUCGGCAGGACAAGGAUUCGGCUCAGAGAAUCAAGGAGCUGGAGGAUGCCAGUGAGUUGGUGGCCAAAGCGGAAGACGCGCUGGCUCGGCUUAAAUAA